AUGAAAUUGCAAAUUAAAGCAACAGUGGAAGAAUACUGCACAUCUUUUAUAAUGGCCAAUGUCCAGAACACAGAAGCAGCAAGUGCUACUAAGGUUGUGGAGCAACAGGAACCCUCAUUCAUUGUUACCCCCACGGAGAACAGCACAGUCGUGACUGAGUUCACUCUUGCCGGGAUAACUGAUGACCCACAGCUGCAGAUCCCGCUCUUUCUGGUGUUAGCGCUCAUCCACCUCCUCACCCUGGUUGGGAACCUGGGGGUGAUCACGCUGAUCCUGCUGGACUCUCGUCUCCACACUCCCAUGUACUUCUUCCUUAGCAACCUCGCUCUGGUGGACUUUGGUUACUCCACAGCCGUCACUCCCAAAGUGAUGGCUGGAUUCCUCGUGGGAGACAAGGCCAUUUCCUACAAAGCUUGUGCUGCUCAACUGUAUGUUUUUGGUGGCUUUCUCUCUGUGGAAACUUUCCUCUUGGCCUUAAUGGCCUAUGACCGUCAUGCAGCAGUGUGUAAACCACUCCAUUACACCAACAUCAUGACACCAAGAGUGUGUGCCUGGAUGGUCGUGGCGUCCUACGUCCUUGGUUUUCUAGUGGCCUCUGUGCACACUUGGAAUGCAUUUAGUCUCCCUUUCUGCAGAUCCAAUGUGAUUGAUCACUUUUUCUGUGAUGUUACUCCUCUCCUGGCUCUCUCAUGCUCAGACAGCAGCAGAAGUGAGAUGGUUUCAUUUCUUCUGGUUGGCUUCAAUGUCCUCUUUUCUAACCUGGUCAUCCUGGUCUCCUAUCUGUUUAUCUUUGUCACCAUUCUGAGGAUGCGCUCAUCUCAAGGACAUCAGAAGGCCUUUUCCACCUGUGCUUCCCACCUCACUGCUGUCUCCAUCUUUUACGGGACAGAUUCCUUCAUGUACUUUCAGCCCAGUUCCCGCCAUUCCAUGAGCACAGACAAACUGGCGUCUGUGUUCUAUGCCAUAGUCAUUCCCAUGGUGAAUCCACUGAUCUAUAGUCUGAGGAACAAAGAGGUCAAGACGGCAUUAAAAAAGGCUGUGGGGAAGGCAAAGUCUUCUCUAAGAGUCAUAUCUUAA